AUGAAGUUCACUCUUCCAACCGCGGCCUUCGCACUUUCCUUGCUCGGUGCCGCUGAUGGCGCCCGCAUCGAGACCUAUGUCACCACGGGACCGCAGAUUCUCACGAAUUAUAGCUCUGCUUAUUUCGGCGACGACGGCGAGAUGUACCCCCUCGGUGGUGGUUUCAGAGACGGCUGUCGAAAGACCAAGUAUGAUUGGGUCAAGGAGAUCUGUAUUGACGACGGCAAGCUGAGGGCGCACAUUGUGUAUUCGGGUGGUACAAAGAAAUGUUUCAAGAGAACCAAGGACUCAUCUAAGGCUUGUGGUGGCUCCGCGGGUUGCUGGCAAGGCGUGUGCCAGAGAUGCUGGACGUACGUCUACACUGAAACAAAGUGCACCUGGUGA